AUGCAACUCCCCCACAGGACAUUCCGACUGCUCCUGGUGCUGGCCCUGGCCAUUGCUCAGACACAAAAGACAACUGCCAAACCACAAUUCUCCCAAGUUCUCGCGCCAACCUUCGGUAUCCAGCCUCCACCCUCCGCGAUGUCCCCGCCAGAUUCUGUCGCAAAGAUGGCCUAUGCUUACUCAGACGGAGAGGGGCUUCUUUAUAUCCAAGGCGGCCAAAAUCUCAAUGAGACAUCCAGCUUUGGAUUUUUCUCCUUAGACCUUGAGAAAACUUGGUCUGUGGACGCCCCUGCCUGGACAACCCUACAGCAAUCACUCAAUUUCUCUGGAACAGCAGGCGCCAUGCUCAACCCAGGACAGUUCCUUGUCUUGGACCAAGACCAGGCCUUCGUCUACAAUAAGAACGCCGGCACAUUUGGUUCUAAAUCUCUGCCGCAACAGUUACAGCCCACUGCAACGAGUCCAUUAAUUGUGACGGAUACAGCUGGGCACGUCUUCUUCUUGAACGAGGGAAUCGUUCUAGACUCAACACUGACCACAGUGAUGGGAACCCCAAAGACGCCCCAGGCAGUUGAGCAAGGCCAGGCAGCUUCAUGGUCCACGGCCCUGAACGCCAUUUUGAGCACUGUCAGGACCGGAAGCGCGUUGGAUGUGCAAAUGUUUAGCCCAGACACAGCUAGCACGGGGUCUUGGGAACGGCUCCACACAGCGCCUCAGAUCCUGUCACGAGCAGGCCAUUGUUUUGUGCCAAAUUUCAAUGGCUCAAAGUUUUACCUAUUCGGCGGCGUUACCAACAACAGCGCAAUCACAUCGGGAGAUCUCUAUAUCCUUGACGUUGGGAGUCGUACCUGGAGCCUGGACACGGCCUCGCCAUCUCCUAGAUCAAACAUGGCCUGCGCUUUUCGUGAAGAUACAUUGGUGAUUUGGGGUGGUUACAUUGACUAUCGCUCACAAACUGUCGCGAACAACACACCUUUGUUAUACAAUGUCUCCAGCAAACUAUGGGUCCAUCAAUUUACGAAGCCCGUUGUACAGCCCGCUGCACCCACGCCGACAUUAGAAAAUAAUCUCCCUUCGCCGAACUCUCCAUCCUCAUCCAGUGGCUCUAACAUGGGCGCCAUCAUUGGUGGCGCAGUUGGUGGGGUAGUCUUAGUCGCGCUCUUGGCUGUUCUUUUCGUCUUAAGAAGGCGCAGCGCUCGCUACGCUCGAAAUGGCAGUGGAUCUCGAGACGGCUUGCAAAAAGGCAAUGGAAAGACCAGCGACGGUAGCCAUGGUUCGGUGGAAAUGGGUGGCUAUACGACCAUUCCUUCGCCUUUCACUCCAAGCGACACGUUUCAGCAGCCACUCUAUACUGACUUGCCUCCGAUGAGUCAGCAGAGACAGUACGCACCGCCUAUUCCCCCUAAGUCGUUCAUGAUGCCUACGGAUCUAAGAACCUCUGGGAUAUCACAGGUGCCGAUUAUCCAGUCUCCCUUCGAGUCAGAGACUGAUGCUAGUUCUCAGUAUCCUUUGCUCCGCCAGUCUGCGUCAGGCCAUGCAGACAUGCUUCCACGAUCGAUUCUGCCGCCACCAGCAUUAAGUCCAUAUCAUGAUCAACGCAUGAGACAAGACGAUGAAGACGAUCAAGCGAAUGGCCUUUCUAGAUCGAUGGAGCCUGCGACCGUGGACUUAAUUCCCAUCACUGCCAGUGAGGCUGGAGAAGGUAGCCAGGCAUCCAGAUCCAACUCUAUUGCUUCAACUCGCUCUGUCACACAGCCUGUACCUUCGAGAACAAGGAGUCGAAGAUCGGAUCAGCAGCAGCGUGAGGCAGAGGAGAGCCGGCGGGACUCGACGGAAUCGCUUGAAUACUUGGAUAUAUAG